AUGCCGCGAGUGAACACCAAGGAUACUGUGCUAACCAGACCCGUCCCUGCGCCCUGGACCACGUCUAGAUGCAACCGAACCCUCCGGCAGUUGACCUCCUUCGUGCAUCGGCUGGAGAAGUGGCACAAGGCCUACCUGGCCGCGCAAGAAGAGGAUGAAACAGAGGACGGGGUGCCCGGGAGUCGAGAGAAGGAGCCUGCAGGGGAGACACAGCCAGACUGGCUUGCCAGGAACAAUGGCGAGAAGAAGCAAAGGUUGAAGAGGACAUACAUGAUGCGUGGCAAGCACCCCGAAUCUCUCAAGCCGGCGCUCCAGUCGUCGUCCGCUUCUCGGUCAACAACCAAAACGCCGAAGAAGAGGACCAUCCCCGCAUUCCCUGCAGAGUCUGGUGUUGAAAUCCUACCUGCUCGCAAGGCCAGUCGCACCACAUGCCCGAGAAGACGCUCCAAGGAGCCUGUUCCAGGCCGUGUUGGGGACUAUGAAACAACAGGAAAUGAUACUCGAGCACCUAAAUGGACUCCCCGUACUAUACAUCUUGCCGCCGAAUAUGAACGGAUCAUCGCGACGACGACAUCCACCGUCACUACAUUUCUGGUCGCAACUUCUGACCAUGCACGUCCCGCAGAAUGGCCUGAGGUCGAGAAAGAAGUUACUGUCGAACGCGCGGAGCGAGGUGCAAGGUCUCUGCUGGACACGUGUCUCCACAAGCUGUCAAAGGACAUGGUUGAACAACAGAGGCAAUGUGACGCUCACAACGACGGGUUCAACGGUCAAUUCGAUGCGAUUGGAUCCCAACUGGAAGACCUCGAGGACUAUUUUGGGGAUCCAAAGGUCGGAUGGCCCCAACUAAGAAGUGUGACCCGAGCCUGUGGGGUCCAUAUGCUGGCCAACCUGGUCGAAACAGGAACAUUGCCAGAAGGUGUCGCCUUGGACCUUGUCCUCCGAUCCUAUGACAACCCCGUUUUCUCUGACAUCGGGCCUGCCAUCCUUCAGGCCCUAGUCAACAUGCACCUGCAUAGUUGCGAGCCUGGCGCAAGAUACCAUGAUUUGCCGCUCUACAUUGAGGCUUCGGCUCAGCGUUCGGGGCUAGAGCAGGUGCGACAACGCAUGAGCAUAGACUGGACACUCCUCGCGUUGCAGAGAAGCCAUGAUUCUGUCGCAAUCGUAUCUCGAUCCAUAAGGCUGGCCCAUUUGAUGCGGCUGGCAAUGCAAUGGAAAGUAUGUCAUGUAUGUCACUUAUCGCCGAAGGAUCCUUCCGAGCUACUUGAGGCAAUAUACAUUGGGGCUUUGUCUCUGGGACAGCCCGUGCCUGAUCUCUACAGCAAGAUACGGAAACAGAAUGUUGUUGCGACUGUCGUGCCUGACGUCGCAAGGGAGCCAAAUGAACACCACCCUUUGUCUGAGCAUGUAUGGAACCGACUCCACAUGGGAUUUACACUGUUGCUCACGACCGCGCAUGGCCAGGGCAUGGUUGAGGGAGUCGAUUUGAAGAUAGAACGGAUAUCAAAGAGAGCUCAGAUACUCUACGAACUCGACCAGAAUUUUGCCAUGACCGAGUAUCAGCUAUACCUUGUGGCUCUCUUCUUCUUCUGCAACAUCUGCUUGUUGAUGUUGAAUGGUCGCCGUCCACCAGAGAAUCUGCUCGACAGUUUCGAAUCGCUAUUAUAUAGCAUGGAGUCAUGCGCCAGGGAAGCAUGGAGACCACUGUCUGCGCAUUUUGUCUUAGCCCUUCUGGCGCAGAAUCUGGGCUUGGAGGAGUUUCAGAGUCUGGUCCAACGGCUGUUGUUAUUGGAUUGUGGAGGGUGCAAAACAUUGGAAGUUUUGUUAGCUGUGGUUAGUGCAGACGCCGCGAUGGAUUACGCAGCCGAACAUCAUGACGACGAUGCGAUACUGAAGUGGGCCUCGAACGUCCACAAGAAAUCCCAAGCGAAGAUGGAGAAGAGAGUUACAGAACCUCGCACGCCGGCGAGCAAGCAAAUGAAAGUUGGUUAUCGCUGGGAUGAAGCGAUCGAAGAGUGGAUUGCCAGAACACCGGCAACGCUCGCCAAACUCAAGAAGAAGGAUAUUGAAACCACAACUGCCGAUGCCAUCUGCACCAUCGCAGAGGACCAUUGUGCUGAAAAUCUCAAAGCCUCCACCGAGGGCCAUCGACGGGCUCUCGAACUUAUCGCGAGUGAUGAGAAGUCCGUCCCGGGAAAGCGGAUGAAGCGUAAGAGUGCCCCCUCCGACCUGGAAGUCCACUGGGACGGAGAUUUCGAGUACAAGAAGAGGCCAAGGCGCCAUGUUAGUUUCAGCACCUUUGCCAACCCGCCGAAGCAUGGGCCGCGUCAUUCGCAUACCACCGAGGAAGAGUCUGAGGACGAAUUAAGCUUGCUGGUGUAG